AUGUCAGCCCAAGCCGACGCCGUAAAUCCCAGUUCCCAAAAUACCCUCCAAACCCCACAAAAUUACCUUGUGCCCCUCUCCCCGCCUCUUCCCGCCAUCUCUAAGCACGUAGAGCUGGCGAGAGCCAUGUCCGCCUCUUCUAAAUCCAGCCCAAUUUCCCUCUCGAGGAACAACGUCGUUUACGAGAACCAAUGGGUCGUUGUGGUGAACAAGCCCCAAGGAAUUUGUGAGUCCGUGUUGGAAUCGGUCCCUCAGCUUCUCUGUGACUCGGCCGAGUUAGGUGAGUCAGUUGCAGGGACCCAAACUCAGCCAGAGCUCCAUCUUGCAAACCGACUCGAUUGCGACACUAGUUGACUGAUGAUAAUAACCAAGUCACACAAAGUAGCUACCAAGCUCGUGAAAGCAUUUACAGAUCACAAAGUUUCCAAAACCUACGUUGCACGCUACAUUGGUUUAGCUCCAAAAUGGGAAACAAUCACCCUUAAAUCAGGUCAUGGUCGAUCAAAGUUUGGGGUGUGGCGAGCGUAUGCCGCUUCAGAUGUAGGUUCAACACUUCCAGGAGGAUCAAUGGUCCGAGACAUGGAAACAUUGUUUGAAAUUUUAUCGGUAAAUGGACAAGGGAGCUACAAAGAGCCAUCUGAGUUUAAGAAAGAUGAAGCAAAUGUUGUAGUGGUUGAAGAGAAAGCUGUAGUAGAUGGAGACGCAAAGAAGGACGAGGUUUUAGGAAGAGCCCGUCCUAGGAAUGGACGAACACAUCAAAUCCACUUGCAUUGUCAAUAUCUUGGAAUUUCCAUAAGAGGUGAUGUCAAGUAUGAGGGUGUGUAUGAGUGGAAAGAAGCAACUUAUGACGGCCAUGAACUUCAUGCGGAGAGCUUGUCUCUUGAACACCCUGUUACUGGUCUUCCAGUGAUGUUUCGGAAACCUGUACCCUCUUGGGCCAGCCAGGCUUUGCAACACUAG